GCGGAAACAUGGGCCCAACCGCUCCGCUGUAGCCGGCGCGCAGCGCGCAUGCGCGGAGCACCCAGGAGGGCGGGGGCCGGCGUCUAGUGGCGAGUGAGCUGGCUGCCGGUGCUCGCCUGCCUCCUUCCCUCCCUGCUGCCGUUACUCGGGGACUAGCGGUCGCUCUGUAGCGUCCGCUCCCUCUCCCGUCUUGGGCCGCGCCUCGCCUAGUCCUGCCCCGCCAUGAAGUUGAGCAGCCGCGGCCGGGGAUGCUGCGUGGCCGGCAGCCGGGAGCGCGGGCCGCCGCCGCGGAGCCCCUUCGUGCACCAGCUGCGCCUCAGCCCCCUGGAUAAAGCCAAGAUUGCCUUCAUGACCCUGACUCUGUUUCCUAUCCGACUCUUUUUUGCUGCUUUUAUGAUGUUGCUGGCCUGGCCUUUUGCAUUCAUUGCUUCAAUGGGACCUGAUGAGCAAGUGCUUGAAAAGCCCCUCUCCUGGUGGCGAAAGGUAGUGGAUAUUUUGCUGAAAGCAAUCAUGAGAAUGAUGUGGCUUGCUGGUGGAUUCCACUGGAUAAGUGUAAAAGGCAGACGGGCAUUGCCAGGAGAAGCAGCAAUAUUAACUGUGGCUCCCCAUUCUUCCUACUUUGAUGCGAUUCCAGUAACUAUGACCUUCGCCUCCAUUGUGAUGAAAGCAGAAAGUAAAGAUAUUCCUGUUUGGGGAACUCUAAUCAGAUACAUCCGACCAGUGUUUGUAUCUCGCUCAGACCAGGAUUCUCGCAGGAAAACCGUUGAAGAAAUAAAGAGGCGUGCUCAGUCUGGUGGUAAAUGGCCACAGAUAAUGAUAUUCCCAGAGGGCACUUGCACAAACCGGUCCUGUCUAAUUACAUUCAAGCCUGGAGCGUUCAUUCCUGGAGUUCCGGUACAGCCAGUGGUUUUACGUUAUCCAAACAAACUGGAUACAAUCACAUGGACAUGGCAAGGGCCAGGAGCGGCGUUGGGAGUUUCAGUGACAGACUAUACAUUUGAAGACUGUCAGUUAGCUUUGGCUGAAGGACAACUUCGUCUGCCUUCGGACACAUGUCUUUUAGAAUUUGCAAAACUUGUAAGAAGCCUUGGGCUGAAGCCAGAAACACUUGAAGAUGAUCUUGAUAAAUAUGCUGCAAGUGCCAUGAAAAUGAAAAAAGAAAAGAUUGAUCUUAAAGAAUUUUCAGCAUACUUGGAAUUUCCAGUUUCACAGACAUUAGAAAGUAUGUUUGCACUUUUUGAUGAGAAUGAAGAAGGCAUAAUUGACAUUCGGGAAUUUGUUAUUGCUCUGUCAGUUGUCUGCAAGCCAUCCAAAACUCUGGAAACAAUUCAGUUGGCAUUUCAGAUGUACCAGUCAGAAAACGGAACUAUAACAGAAGAGGAUUUAGCCUAUAUUCUGAAGACUGCCAUGGGUGUGUCACAGAUUAAUGUUACGCAUCUUUUUAAAGCUGUAGAUGAAGAAGAAAAAGGAAAGAUUACUUAUGAUGACUUCUACAGAUUUGCUGAAUUGCACCCACACUUUGCAGAAGACUAUCUCUAUGCUGAUCAGAUGGGAGCUGAGAGUGGCUUGGAGACUUCAUCUCUUUCUGUUCCUAAUGGUAUCUGUACUGACUUCAGCCCUGAUAGCACUGAAGAUAGAAACAAGCCCCUGCAGAAGAAACUGAAUUAACACUACAGCUGUUCUCUUCCUCUCCUGGUGAGAGGAUUGUCUUUUCCUGGGAUUUUCAUAAGUCACUCCAGCUAUACAGCAAAUAACAGUUUUGUGUGUGAAAGCUCUUCUACUUUAAUACCGUUCUUUGAAUCAUAUGUGCUGUAUUUAACAACAUGUUCCAGGUUAUUUUGGGGAAGGUGUUUUUAUUUUUAUUUUCCAAAAAGGUCUUUGAAAGGCAAAAAUGUGAAUGUGCUUCAUUAUUAAUGUUCAUAUUUAAAAGGAAGCGGCACACUUAUUUAUAUUCCAUUGGCUAGUUUCAUGUACCAGGUGUCGCACAAACUGUGCAUGUAUAAAGAAACUGUAGCUACUAUGGUGUUAAGUGCACUUUGGUGAUUAGUGUUUUCCCUAGUUACGGGGAUGUUUAUUUGGGGCCAAACUUUGCUAUCCAUCUUUGCCUAGUCAGUCUUGUUGAUUUCAGUGGGAUUAUUCUCUUGAGCAAGGCAAGCAUAUUUUGGCCCUUUGUUUUGGUUCCAGUGAACAGUUUGGAAACAAUAAUGCAAAAGCUUGCUAAGGAUUACUUUUAAUUUUUAUUGUUGACUGACAAAAUUGGGUUUUUUUCAGUCUCUUCCACGGUAGGAUGAAAAGGAAAGGUUCCUUAUCCCACACCCCAACACUUUUCUACUGUCAUCUUCCAUAUGCAAUUAAAUGUGAAUGUUUUCCAAACUGACAUGCCACAUACUGUUGGCAAAUACAUGACAAAACUGUUUGUGCUUUUCUCUUAUAAUCAGUUCCAGUCAUGACCACCCAGCCUUUAAAUGGGAGGCGUUUACACAAUUGUAGUUACUCUCGAUUUAUCAGGAAUUGCAGGUUUCUUUUGUGGCAAGCCUGUAUACACAGAUAACUUGGCAUGGAACACAUUAUGGAAGCUUUGUUGCAUCAGCCCAAAUUUCAAAAGGUUGCAGUUACUUCAGAGGCAAGGCCAGCAACAAGUUGUAGAAUAUCCUGAAGAAAUGCUAGGUAAAUCUCUAUAGAAACAUUCAUCUAUGUUAUAUGCAGUAUACGAGCUUAAAAUGGUUUAGAACUGGUUAAACAACAGCAAACAACAACAAAAACCAAACCCACUUAUAUUAGUAAUGUUUCUUAUCUUUCCUUCUGUAAAGCCAGAUGCCUUAAUUACCAACGGAGGUCUCAGAGAAAAAUUCAGAUUAUUAUAAAACCACAGAGCUUCACUGAUUGGGAAAUGCGACAAAAGCCUCAAGGAGUGGGAAGGACUCUGUCACAAAAAUAACUCUUGAUGGCAACUCUACUUCCAAACAAACCAAAAAUACUUUCAGAUCAUUUCUCUGACUAAUUUUGUAGGGCUGCGCUAAAAUAUGAUGGCUUUGUGACUAGAAAACUGUUGAGAUUUGAAUCUUCCACAUGUUAGAGUCAUACAGAUUUGGAAGGGAGGAAUUUUAGCAGAAGGAAAUCUGUUUGUACCAAAGGCUUUUAUUACUAUUUCUUUUUUAAAGCAGGAGCUGUUUUAAAGCUCAUUAGGGUAUUGGAAUGUGUCCUUAGACAUUCCCAACUGUAUGUGGCAAGUCUCCAAACUGAAACUGGCUUUAAUAGAAAGGGUAUGAGGGAAAAAAACAUAGGAAAUUAUGCAUUCUCUGGGGUCUGUAGGUCCUCAUUUGGAGGUGAUAGUUUUUGACUUAUCUGGGUAACACAUGCUGAGCUGACAGGGCUGCAGCAGACCGGCAGACAAAAUUUGAGUUAAAACUGAUCAUGAGAAAUAGGAUAAGCGGUUUGGAAAAAUAAGGCAUAUAAGGAACUACACUUAGGUAGCGAUAGUCAACUGCACAAGCAGAGGAGGGGUGGGUAUUACUGCAUAAAACAUCUUGGGGCAGGGAUGGUAUAGACUAUAACAAACUGGGCACUGUUAACUCAUGUUAACAUGUGAGAAGUGUGGUGGUAUUUCUGUUUUCAAGCUGUGAUAGGGCCUCAGAUGAUGUACCUGCCCAUGUUGGGGCACCUGAGAGAGAUGGGGAGUGGCUGGAUAGAUUCUGGAGGACAUAAAGUA